CGAGUAUCCUCGCGCAAUCUUUAACCACACUAGCCAACCACAUCCUAACUCUAACCCCUGGCAACCAGCUGGCCCUAACCCUAGCCUCGUGAUAGGCAGUGCCACAAAGUGGUACACAUUUUAUUCACCCCAGAACAGAUGAUAGGCUGCGCCGUCGGACUACCAAAAAAACACAUCUAUAGAUCUUAAUUCAGUUGUAUGAUUUAGAAAAGGGAAAUUGGCGACCACUUAUUAAGGCUGGUGUGGCACAAAGGUGAUUUGUAUGAGUCCAGAAGCGCCUAUCCGAAGCCACCUUUGUCUGCCCGGUGCUGAUUCCAACACACACACACACCUCCUCUGCUUCACAGUGUUCCGUAAACAUUGAGACGCAAAUAUUAAAAACGUGGCUUCAGGCAAUGCAAUUACACAUAUGACACACAGUACUGCACACAGUGUUUCAGGUUAAUAUAUAACAGUGUGUGCCAACCACGAACACCGCUCCAAACAUCGUUUGCAUAUAUUUCUCAAAUAUGUCCUGGUUUUAUGCGCAACAUUCAAAGAGCCUCCCACGGCGAUUCCAUUAAUCGUCACAUCCAGUUACAAACUAUUAUUUUUCGUCCCCCUAAGAAGUGCUCAACAUCCCUGAAUUGAAAAAAAACAUUUGGUCUUCCAACACACGCUUAGGUAAUGUCAUCCAUUGCAUGCGGCUCCGGAGACGCUUUUUGUUUGGACCGAAUUUCGAACAAAACAUUUAAAUUCUUGUUAUUUAGGUUACCGAAACCUCUGUCCAUUGCCAUACCUGUCAACCCCUGAUCGGUGCCAACCUUAUUACAGACCAAUUCAGACCUUAUUGGUCACCCAGUGCCCUUAUAAAUCUCAACGUUCAUCCUACACAGUCCCAUCACAUGGGAGAAACUCAAAUAGACGAAAAUAAUGUUGCCCGUAUUGAAACGGCUGUACACCGUAUGGACCUGAAAACUCAAUAUCCCUCGACAAGAACACGUGGUAUAAACCGUAUAGGUUUGACAGCUAUGCAUUGCUGUAUUCUCCCGAUUUUCUGACGCACUUUUCCCCACCUUAAUUUUCAAAUAACGUUGGUGGUGCGUCUUAUAAUCCGGUAGGGUGUGUGUAUGAGCACAGAUUUUAUAUAAUUAUAUUGACCAGGUACUAUUACAUGGGGGUGCGUCUUAUAAUCCGGUUAGAAUGACCGGGGUGUGUUUCACUUUUUUGACCACGGGGUCACAAGAUUUGGGGUGCGUCUUAUAAUCCGGUGCGUGUGUCUAUAUGUGACCAGAUUUGUACAACUUUAUUAACCCCCGGAAUGUAUUACAUUUGGGGGUGCGUCUUAUAAUCCGGUAAGUUGUACGUGCGUGCGUGUUCAUGAGAUCAGAUUCAAUAGUUUUUUAUCGACCACCGGAGCCACGAUUGCAUUCGAGGUGCGUCUUAUAAUCCGGUGCGUCUUAUAGUGCGUCUUAUAAUCCGGAAUAAAGGCGUUGUUUUGAAGUCAACUCAACACACGUGCGGGCAUUCGCAGCGAGCGAUAAACCGCCCACAGCCACCCAACGUCACUCAACGUGGGCGGGGUGGUGCCACCGACUCGGCCAAUAACACAACGGGAUGAUGGCUAUGCAGAUAUUCAGUCUCUUGUCUUUGUUACGAGCGCCAGAACUAAGAAAGUAAAACAUUUUUGUAAAACAUUUUUGUUUUACCCGUAAUGAAAUAAAGCUUCGAGGCUUCAACGACCAAUCGUGUCAACAAGACCACCGACGCCCUUCGGUACACACGCCUCGUUUUUUGGCACGCAGUUACGCACGGUCUCGUCUCGGUUCAAAGAUAAACUAUUAUUAUCGUAAUUAAUUAGUGCACACCGAUUCGUACCUCCAGUCAGUUGCUGUUGUGGUACACGCGCGUUAACGUUACAGUGGUAGUUCACACUCCGCUGAUACUGUACAAGGGAUAUUCCGACAAACAAGACGUAAACAACACACAACAACAACAACCAGGGAGGAUCUUGCGCGGAUGGUGGUGGUGGUGUUGCAACUUGCUUCGCUCUCCAAGUCCAUGGCAACUUAUUGUCGACCCUGGAUGGUCAUGACCCACGCAAUCAAGCGCCGAGCGAUGAGCAGCACUCGCGGCGACGGCGACGGCACCUCCACGAAGUCCAACGCCUUCUUGCACGUGCUGCACGACGGCCUCACGCUGCACGCGCUCCCCGGCGAGGACGCCAACGGCGGCGGCGUCCCGGGGGCCGGCGAUCCGGCCGUGCCGGCGGCGACGCCGCGGCAAGCGCGCCCGUCGGCGCGGCCCCUCGCCGUGUUCCUGCCGUGGCUCGGCGCGCGUCCGCAAGCCGCGCAGCGCUACCGCGACCUGUACCAUGCCCUGGGCAUGGACGUGUUCACCGUGGAGAGCCACGUCGGCCACUUCCUGUGGCCGCGCUCGGGGAUCGUGCGAGCGCGGCGCGUGCUGGAGCUGCUCACGACGGAGGCCCGGCUAGCGGGAGGCGACGGCUCGCUGGAGGGCGGCCGCCCCCUCUACGUGCACGCCAUGUCGGUGGGCGCCUACACCUUCAGCCUCAUGCUGCUCGUCGCCCAAGGCGAGCCCGCGCGCUACGGCGCCAUCAUCCGCCGCGUCCGCGCCCAGGUGUUUGACAGCAUGGUCGCCGGCAGCCUCGAACACAUGGCCAAAGGCGUCUCGGUGACCUCCAUGCCCUCCUACCUCAGCGGCCUCACCUACUGCUCGACGCUGGCCUACUUCAACCUGCUGCGGCCCUACACGGUGGCCUACUACGAGGAGGCCCUGGCGGCGUUCAAGAGGGGGCUCUGCCACGCGCCCGCCCUCGUCUACUACUCGCUGGACGACAGGUUGAGCGACGCCGCCGUGGUGGACGCCACGGUGGACGGCUGGCGCGACCGCGGCCAGGAGGUGUCGUCGGUGUGCUGGGACAAGUCCCGGCACGCGGCGCACAUGCGUACGCACGAGAGCGAGUACCUGGCGGCGCUGUACAGCUUCAUGGCGGCGCGCGGGGUGCGCCCGCUGGCGCCCGCCAAGUUGUGAGCCGGAGGAGGGAGACGAAAGGGGGGGGUGGGAGAUUGCGCGCGAACGAAUGGUCAGCGGGAUGGUGCGGUUGAUCGAUUCGGUCGUUUCGACCGCCGGGUUUAUUUUUGAAUUCGUUCUGAGCGUCCGUUUGAUCGUUCGUACGAUUGUUUGAGUGCCCGAUUGACCAAUUCCGCCGUUAGAUGGGCAGUUCGAUCGGUCGUUUGAGCUGCUCUCUUGUCAUUAGUUUUGAUCGUGUUCCUGAUCACUUGUGUGACAUUGAUGUUUGAUCCUUUUGCUCGGUUGUCAUUUGGAUGUCAUUCGAAUCAGCAUCGUUCGAUCGCUCGAUUGUUACAAAUCGCUCAUUUGAUCGUCGUCCAUUCGAUUUUCUUGAUCGUCAUUAUAUAACAAAGCGCGUUCCACGUUAUAACGACACGCGUUCCCCGUUGUGCGAAAAGUGUUCCCGAAUGGAAGAACCGUGUUACAGUCCAAACGCGUUAUAGUGUGAACAGAAACGCGUUAAGCGAGGACUUGCCGUACUUAACACUGAUCAGUGCGGGUUGGUACAGGAGUUAAAGAUUGGGACGUUGGCCCAGGAUGCACUGCUCCCUACUGACAACGAAAUCGAAGAGGCGUUUAGAAAAAAAAAUUCGCUGGGUCAUUGGUCAAGUCUCAGUCGGUCAGCUACCGCCUCUCCCGGUUGUUCACUUCGUGCAUUCAUCUCCGAGCAAUGGGAAGAACUGCGGUAAUGGGGUGACCAGGUCAGCUCGUGGUAGUUAUUUUAUUGACGACAGAUACCCGCAUCGGUCAAGAGGUUGAAGCACCAGCCCCCACUUCUAACCCCAUGCCAACGGUGGACCUACAUUGCACGUUUACCGGACACCUCUCAUUUUAAUACACCGCAUCAACUAAAAGUGGCCUGCCGGCCAAGUGGUUCGGCGGUCAGAGCAGUGAGCUAAGCGCAGUUGAGACCUGAGUUCCGGAGUCUGGGUUUCAGCCGUCCGUGAUUAAACCGGGGCCUUCGCGUACAGGUGAGUUUAUGGUCGUAGCGCCAGUCACCAAUUGCUGCACACGGAAACCCAUCACAUUAUACUUCAUUCGAUUUGGCACUGCCAACUCCUGAGAAUUAAAUACACGGGAAACCCUUGCCAAUUCACUCAAAGGCAUUGUGGGAAAACUCGCGGUUUGGUUCACGGUUCGUAAUACGACACCCACCCCCUCUUUUGUUUUAUGUUACCCUACAUCAACCUAAACAUUUGAUGUCAAAUAUAUUUUCUUGCGUUAAA